CAGUGAAUGCGACGCCGAACGUCCCGUGAAAGUCCCCCGGAGAGCUCCGCGGCACCAGGUCGAGAUCGCGAAGGCGUCGUCGUCCGGGACAGCGCCGGACGUGGGCGACAGCACCGUCCCCACCACCACGACCGCCGCUGCGACCCGCACCGCCUGCAACAUGAACGCCGUCUUAACCAUAGGGCCUGCGUACAUGCCCAACGCGCCACCAAUCCAGGUGCCGCCAGCUCACUUCAUCAACAACCACGACUGGACUUAUGAGGCAACACGUCAACGGUCACCGCCAUGCGAGCGAGCUAUCUACUUCCGAGAAAAGAGGCGGAGGUGGCACCUGAAGCACACUGGGGCGAUCGGGCCCACGCCAGCGCUGCCCACGCGCUACCUGGAGGCGGACGCCUGGUCCUUCCUGACACCGCCGGAGCUCACCGACGACCAGAGGGAGACGUCGGACACCAUGAUCCAGCCCGUGGAGGUGGAGGACAUGGGCCGCGGCGUGCGCUUCUUCAAGCGCGUGUCGCACGGCACGUCCUGCGCCCGCAUGGACGGCGCCAUCAACAACGGCAUCUACUACUGGCAGCUGCACCUCGGCGACCGCAUGUACGGCACCUCCAUCAUGGUGGGCAUCGGCACGGCGGAGGUGCGCCACGCCAGCCACGCCUUCAAGAACCUCAUUGGCGAGGACGAGAACGGCUGGGGCAUCUCCCACAAGGGCGUGGUGUGGCACAAGGGCCUCUGGGCGCCCUACGCCGAGCCCUUCACGCAGAACGAGGACACCGUCAUCGGUCUGUUUGACGGCAUCGCCGGCACCCUGGGCUUCUUCAAGGACAACCGCUGGAUGGGCGUGGCCUUCAAAGGGCUGGACAAGGUAAACGAGCCGCUGUACCCCAUGGUGGCGGCCACGGCCAGGAACACCAAGUUCACGCUGCUGUCGGCGCGCGUCGACAUUGGCACGCUGCUGGACCGCUGCAGGGCGGCCGUGCUGCGCGCGCUGCACAACCCCGAGGACGUGGAGACGCUGCCGCUGCCCGACCCGAUCAGGGCCUACAUCCUGGACGGCGUGGUGGUACCCACGGUGCUGCCCAUCACCAACCCGGCGCAGCGCUUGUUGAUAUAAACCAUGCAAACGUCCCAAGGAGAACAGGCAGUCAAACUCAGGUCAAAAUGUCGUCAAUAACUAAUGUCAUUUUGACAUUAAAAUGGACCAAAGUUUCAUCAUUGAUCGGGACUUCCCUGUUCUUCCUGGGUCCGUGAAGGCUCCGAGCUCCCUGGCCGGUUCCCAUCAUCCCCGAGGGGGUAGUCGCAGCCUCUCUUUCUAAUUUCUCGAUUUUCGUGCCUUCCUGUUUCUUGUUUCCCCUCUAGAGAUGCUACUUACUGUUUGUGGGCCCGCACUGGGCAACCACGAUAUCUCGUUUUCGCUUCUAGUGUGGCGUCAGCCAAUGUUCUAGUCAAAGUGUGUUACCUUAACUAUCCUUCUGUGUUCAUCGCCUUCCAUAGACGUGACUAAACUCUAUUACUAUUACCUUAUCCUAAUUACUGUUACUUAUUUAUAUCAAGUUUUAGUAAAAUUUGUUGUGUGUUCAUUCCUUCUGCAUUAUAGUUGUUUGAACUGAGUUUUAUCUAUCUAAAUCAAUUAAAAUUAAAUCAAUUAUUAAAAUAUUUAUCCUCUCUGUUUGUCUAUCUUGGUGUUAUUGUAAGAGUGUGUUUAGAUGUGAUUUCUUUAUUCUUGUUUCUAUUACUAGAAAAUAAUUUGUUUUGAAAUGGCUGCAAGUCUUAGCAUUUUUUGCCACUAGUAAAUAAUUUUGUUAAGAACAAUUUUAGUACAAAAUGGUUUCAAUAUGUGUUCAAUAUAUUUAUGUUACAUUGUUUUCCUAGAAAUUUUUAGUCACUAUGAUUUUAAGUGAUAAGAGCGAGCUGCUCUGUGGUUACUCUAUUGCAAUUUAGUUUAAUGAUGUAUUCGUGUUUCUGUUGUUAGUAGAAAUCUUAUUUAUUCUGGUUAAUAUAUUGCAAGUUACCAAACUAGAGAGCACAUUGUUGCUCAAUAUGAGAGAAGCUGCUUGAGUCGCUGUUCAUUCAGGAUGUUGAUGUGUUCAAGAUGAAAUUUGUCUCAGUCCUGAAGUGACAGAUUGCACUCAGGCUUCAGUGUAUUUAAUCCUUGUCAAUGUUAGUGCUCCUAGAGCAAGUACAGCUUAUCAUGUGUUAUUGCAAUUUAAUCAUAUCAUUCCUCAAAGGUUAUUAACUAUACAUUCCAUUGUAUGCUUGGAAUAUGAGAUGCGCUUUGAACGCACAAUGCUGGUAAUUGUUGGACAUGUGAUGAAUAUACCCAUUUACCCAAGGCUCAGAAGUGAUGGAAAGGCUAAUAUUCCUGGUACUAUAGACAAUGUUAUGUUAAAAACCAUAGCGGGAGGGGAUCUCCCUCCACUGUGGUUUAAGCCAAAUUAUUAUAAAUUCUAGCUUCUUAAUUGUGAAAGCAAUUUCAUUGCCUUCAAAUGCACAUUUUUUGCCCUAUCAACAAAUUCCUUCUUGAUGUAAUCCUUGUUGCCACUAUGUUUCCCUUAGAGGGAUAAGUGUUUUAUUCAGUUGCGCACAUAUAUGUGAUAAUGAUUUUGUAGAAAAAUAUCAAUGUCUGAUCAUAAGGUUAAAUAAAGGCG